CUUGCGCCGUGGUCUGACACGCGCCGUCUGCGCCUGCGCUUUGUCAGCGGUGUAGGUGUGACGAGAAAAAGAGGAAGGAGGAGGGGGGGUUGGGAAAAAAAAAGGAAAGAAGAGGGUUUCACUGCGGCGCAGGCGCAGACGCGCGGGGCCUUGGCGCAGAGGGGAGUUCGGCGACGGGAGGGAGAAAAGAAAGCGCGAGAGCGGCCGCCCGCGCAGGCGCAGUCCGGCCAGAGGGGCCCCCUCGUCCUCCCUCCCCUCCCUCCCUCCCCUCCGAGCGGCGGCCUCCCCCCCUCCCCCAUCCGCCGAGCGCGCGCGCCAUGGACGUGAAGCGGCUGAAGGUGACGGAGCUGCGGGCCGAGCUCGGGCGGCGAGGCCUGGAUUCGCGCGGCCUCAAAGUGGAGCUGGCCCAGCGCCUCCAGGAAGCCUUGGACGCCGAGAUGUUGGCGGCCGGGCCUGAAGAAGCCGGGGCGGAGCCCGGAGCGGCGGCGGCGGCCGGGCAGAGCCUCGGCCGGGCCCGCUUGGGAGUCGGAGGCGGCGGCGGCGAAAACGACGACGACGACGAGGAAGAUGAGGAGGAGGAAGAAGAGGAGGAGGAAGAGGAAGAUGAGGAAGCCCUCCUGGCCGACGAGGAAGAGCCGCCGCCUCAGCAGCAGCAACAGCAGGCCGGAGGCGCCCAGGGCCAGCCUCAGCCUCCCCCUCAGCCGGCCGGCGAGGAAGGCCCGGCCUUGCCUCAGCCCUUGAACGGCGCUCAGAGGGACGCCGAGGACGGAGGAGGAGGAGGAGGAGGCGAGGAAGAAGAGGAGGAGGAGGAGGAAGGCUCCGGCAAGGCGGCGGCGGCGGCAACAACAACCCCCGCGGCCUUGGAGGGAAGCGGAGAAGCCCAGCCAGGUGGAGAGCAGGAGGCAAAUGAAGAAGAUGAGAAAGCAAAGCAGACUGGCGCAGAUGGAGAACGCCAGGGUGUAAAAAGACAAAGGGACGAGAAGGAAGAGCAUGGCCGUGCUUACUUUGAGUUCCGAGAGGAGGCGUAUAAUAGCCGAUCCAAGUCUCCACCACCACCAGAAGAGGAGCCUAGGGAAGAGGAUGAUGAAACAGUGGUGAUCCUGGAUACAUAUACCUCUGACCUCCACUUCAGAGCCACCAAGGAUCGCUAUGGAGGGCAGCCUCUGUUCUCCGAAAAAUUCCCCAACCUUUGGUCUGGGGCCAGAAGCACACAUGGUGUGAAAAAGGGGAAGGUCUGUUUUGAGGCAAAGGUGACACAAAAUCUCCCCCUGAAGGAAGGCUCCACAGAGAACCAACUGCUUCGUGUCGGGUGGUCUGUUGAUCUCUCUCGAUCACAGCUAGGUGAGGAUGAAUUUUCUUAUGGCUACGAUGGACGAGGGUUGAAGGCUGAAAAUGGGCAAUUCGAAGACUUUGGUCAGCCCUUUGGGGAGAAUGAUGUGAUCGGUUGCUUUGCUAAUUUUGAAAGCGAAGAGGUGGAGCUGUCCUUCUCCAAAAAUGGGGAGGACCUGGGCGUCGCCUUCCGGAUCAGCAAGGAGCUUCUGGGCGACAGGGUACUGCUGCCCCACGUCCUGUGCAAGAACUGUGCCGUGGAGCUGAAUUUCGGGCAGAAGGAGGAACCUUUCUUCCCCAUUCCUGAAGACUACGUCUUCAUCCGUGCCGUCCCUGUUGAGGAUCGGGUGCGCAUGCCCGUGCCCCCCAAAACGUCUGGGGAGUGCGAGGUGUUGCUUAUGGUUGGCCUGCCAGGAUGUGGGAAAACCCACUGGGCACAAAACCACAUCCAGGAAAAUCAAGAGAAGCGUUACAACAUUUUGGGGACAGAUGCCAUUCUGUACCAGAUGAAGACGAGGGGUCCCGUAGCUGAAGAAGCUCUGGACGUGGCCGCCCGAGACCAGCUGCUUCAGCAAGCCGCCCGUUGCGUUAGCAAGCUUGUCCAGAUUGCCCCCAGGACGAGGAGAAACUUCAUUCUUGAUCAGUGUAACGUCUAUAACUCUGGCCAGCGGCGGAAGCUACUGCCCUUCAAAGGCUUCAUUCGCAAGGUGAUGGUGUUGGUCCCCAGUGAGGAGGCCUGGAAAGAAAGACUGGAGCAGAGGAAGGAGGCGGAAGGAGACGACGUGCCUGAGUCGGUGAUGCUCGAAAUGAAAGCCAACUUCUCUCUUCCGGAGAAGUGCGAUUACAUAGACGAAGUCCUGUACCAGGAGCUGGCCAAGGAGGAGGCCCAGCCUCUCGUCACCAAAUACAAAGAGGAGGCCACGAAGCUGCUCCCGCCCUCCGAGAAGCGGACCAACCGGCGCAACAACCGCAACAAACGGAACCGCCAGAACCGCAACCGCGGCCAGGGAUAUGUUGGUGGCCAGCGCCGGGGUGGCUACAACAAUCGGGCGUAUGGUCAGCAGCAGCACCAGCAGCCGCAGCAACGGCAGCAGUACUGGGGACAGCCUGGAAACAGAGGCGGCUACCGUAACUUCUAUGACAGAUACAGCAGAGGUGGUGGGGAAUACAACCGCUUCUAUGGACGUGAUUAUGAGUACAACAGAUACCGAGAUUAUUACAGGGACUACAAUCAAGAGUGGCAGAACUACUACCAAGACAGAGACCGAUAUUACAGGAACUACUACGGCGGCUACCAAGGGUACCGGUGAAACCCUGAUCAUCUCUACCCUUCAGCCAAGCCUUGAGGCUCUACCGAGAGGGAAGGGUGCCUACGACUUCCUGAGAUACCA